AAUCUCUUUGAGAAAGAAAAUAAAAAAAAUAAAUAAAUUGUUGUUUUCGUUGUCGCCAAAGCUGGAAUAUUUCAUGGCAAUAUACGUGUAGGUCAAAGCUGUGGCCUAUAAAAUGAUUGUUAUUUUGGAUGAGAGUGUGAAGGUGGAGUUUCUACAUCAGAAAGGUUACAAGCUGUAACUCAGAGCAUUCGUGCAGUGCAGAGAAUAUCUGCAGAGAACGCUGUUAAUGGAGAUUGAAGGAAUUAGAGAGCAAUAUGUGGGCGAAGAGAUUAAUGAUAGCCCAAUAGAGGAAGUCAGACUUACUGUACCUAUAACGGAUGAUCCAACAUUACCAACAAUGACUUUCCGAACAUGGCUUCUGGGGACAAUAGCUUGUGCCCUUCUUGCAUUCAUGAACCAGUUUUUUGGAUACCGUAAUAAUCAGCUCUCGAUAUCUGCUAUUUCAGCUCAGAUUGUUGUUCUUCCACUAGGCAAGUUAUUGGCAUCAACACUCCCUUCAAAGUUAAUAACUAUUCCAGGCACAAACUUAAGCUUCUCUUUGAAUCCUGGGCCUUUCAACAUCAAAGAACAUGUUUUAAUCACAAUCUUCGCCAACUGCGGCGCAAACUCAGUUUAUGCAGUGAAUAUAGUUACAAUUGUUAAGGCCUUCUAUCAUAAGAGUUUGCAUCCACUCGCAGCUUAUUUGCUAGUUCAGACCACACAGCUUGUUGGGACAGUUGUUCCAUCCACAAUAUACUUCGGCACGGCAUGGUGGCUCCUUGAUUCAGUGGAGAAUAUCUGUGACCCCAAUAAACUACCUGAAGGAAGCCCAUGGACAUGCCUUGGUGAUGAUGUUUUCUAUAACGCAUCCAUCAUAUGGGGCGUGGUGGCUCCUCUCAGAAUGUUUGGUCGUCUCGGCCACUACAAAAAGAUGAACUAUUUUUUCCUCAUCAGAUUUCUCGCUCCAAUUCCAGUUUGGGCUCUAUCGCGCAUUUAUCCAGAGAAGAAAUGGAUCAAGCUCAUCAACAUGCCUAUAAUCCCUGGUUCAACAGGAAUGAUGCCUCCGGCAAGGGCUGUGAACUACUUGAUGUGGGGUCUUGUUGGCGUUGUGUUCAACAUCCAUGUGUUCAGAAAAUACAAGGCUUGGUGGGGAAGAAACAAUUAUGUUCUUUCAGCUGGACUUGAUGCUGGAGUUGCAUUUAUGGGCAUCAUAAUCUAUUUUGCUCUGCAAGAUAAGAACAUCUAUGGAGCAAACUGGUGGGGAUUGGAGCCAGAUCACUGCCCCUUAGCUAAAUGCCCAACUGCUCCAGGCGUCAAAGUUGAAGGCUGCCCCUCAUUUUGAGGAGAAAUUAUUA